UGCUGCGACUUUGGAAUGCAAUUGAUCCCAGACAACCAGCUGGAGGGUCAGUGCUUUCCCAGAUCCUCGUGCAGCCCUGCAGCACCACACUGCACACUCCACCAGUUGGUUUGGGCAGAAGGUUAUUCUCUCCGGGGCAUUUAUAAUCAAUGUACCAUGCAUUGAUAGAUGCCUUCUCUAUUGUUUGACCAUGUGCCCGGAUUGGCUGAACAAGUGUGGGAAACAUCAACAAGCCUGAGACUCACAUAUCGGCUUGGCCAUUCUGGGUAUAAAUAGAGGCUGUCACACAGCCUUGUGUUCACCCUGAUCCACAGAUCUGUGGCCCUAACUGGCAAGGAUAAGAAUGGCUCCCAGCAACAGCUUCAUGGCCCACGUGGAGGAGAAACUGCUGCCAAAAGAGAAGAAUAAAGUAAGUUAAACAAUGGACAGGGCUGGAAAGUGUGUGUUAGGUUAUAUUUAGUGGGACUCCUAAUGCAUCUGAAACUUCAGAGCCAGUUGCGUGUUUACCUAACCGAUUUUAUACAGGAACAUCAGAGAGAGAUAAUAUAUAGGUGAAAAUAAGAAUAAAGAGAUAGAUUAGUGAUAGAGUAAAAAAAAAAAAGAUGUAAAGAACGAGAACAAAGAUUGGCGUAAAGAUGGUGGAUGGAAAUAUAGAGGUAAAAAAGAGGAAGACGGCUGGACAGACAGACACGCCAGGACCAUACUGAGGAAGCCGGUGGUGGAGAAAAUGCGCCGGGACCGGAUUAACAGCAGCAUUGAGCAGCUGAAACUCCUGCUGGAGAAGGAGUUCCAGAGACACCAGCCCAACUCCAAGCUGGAGAAAGCCGAUAUCCUGGAAGUGGCAGUCGGCUAUCUGAAACAGCAGAGCCAGCUGCAGGCACAAAUGUUCAGUCAGAAGAGCCCAGAACAAGAUUUUAACACUGGUUACCUGCAGUGCCUGAAGGAAGCUCUGCAUUUCCUCUCUUACUGUGAGCCUAAGAAGGAAGCUCAGACCCGGCUGAUCAAGCAUUUCUCCAAAGCUCAGAUGAUUCCAGACAACCUGUGCUCACCCCCCAUGCAUAGCCCACCUUCACUGCCAUGUCUGGUACCCAGAAAGCAUCCUUCCCAGAACAACAUUCCUGUGGCUGUUGCUGCCAUCUGGAGACCAUGGUAGACUGGACAUUUAUGUGUGUGUGUGUGCUGCAAAACCAAAGGGAUCUUUAAUUUAAUGGUCCCUCUUUAAAGUAGGAAACUUUGAUUUCCAGGAGGGGGUUUUAUUGUUUGUCAUGAGAAAUGCUCUCUGCAGUAGUUUCCCUUCAUAGUGAAGGAUGGUGUCUGUAUCUUGCAGCAAACAUGCUGCCCUUAUGGGUGGCUCCUAGCUGAAUAGAGGGCCAAGCCUUUUGGCACUUUACAGAGCAAAUCUCCUAUUGGCUUCCAUCAGAGUUUAGCUCGAUAAAUGCCCUUUGAAGUCAAUGGGAAUCUUCAUGGAUUUCUAUGGGCAUUGAUUCAGGAGCUGCUUUGGCCCUAUAUUAGGUAUUGAUCUUCAGAAAGAGGGGGCAUUUGAGGAUGUAAUUUGUAUCAUAAAGAGAAUCUAGCCUUUACCUUUUGAGUGAAAGAUUUGAUUCAGAAAUAUUGAUGCUUCUGAAGUUCCUAUACUAUUUUAGUAUAAUCUCUUAAAGUUAUUAUGAUAACGAAUGACUGUAGGAGAAAUUCUCUUAACAUGCAGCAUGGGUUAAUCUCAGUUGAGGGAUAAUUGAUGCCUUUUGUAAAGGAAGUACCUGCUGUGUAUUUUAACUAGUGGGGAUGGGAGGUGGGAAAUGUGUACUCUACAGUCAUUCAUUGAAUGUGCUGAUGAGCUUUACAUGCGUUUAUAAAGUUGCUAUGUGUUCAUCAUAUGUGAUGUUGAAAGUGACAUUGGUUCCAUCACUGUAAAUGUCAAUAAAAUAUUUUUAUU